CUUUCCUCUGAAUUUUGUUCUCCAUUGCACACAUCCCAACGCGGACUCAACAGACAACUUCGCAUCCCACUUGCCCACCGGUUUCGGUAUUCGAGAGGACUAUAUAGCAGUCUUUCUGCUGAAUGACGUCUUGCGAUAUCUUAUAUAUUACUUUUCCUUGGAAUUGCGGACAUUACACAAAAUGUCGGAAUCUCCCAAAUCACCCCGAAAAUCGCCGUCACUUUCACCUGCCGAAGAGACGGCGCUGUCAGCCCUUACUGAUAUAAGUACGCGGAAUUCCAGCAGUCGAGAGGAGUCUUUGAAAGACAAAGAAAAGUCGAAGAACAUUCGCUCAACGCUUCCUUUGGAACAGACAGCUAGUACAAAGACGCUAUCAGAUACGAAUCAGAGACACGCAGCCGAAGCGAUACAACCAGCAGAUGGCCAGGCGAUUAACAGCCGAUUUUCUUCUGCUCCACCAUUUCCUCCAAUGGUGCCCAUCGGAUUCCCGUAUCCCUUUCCGUUUGUCAAUGGGAACAUGUACCCUGGUCCACCGGGGAAACCACCGUUUCCUCUUCCGAUUCCACCAGGAAGCUUUCCUGCUGUAGCAGGGUACCCACUCCAACUUCCCUCAUCUCACAUAAUGCACACUUCAGCAAUCAGAUCUGCACAGCCGGCAGGCGACGAUCGUGAAAAGACAAACUCCCCUAGCGCACAUAUCCCAACCUAUAUGAAGGAGGAAAAUGAGGCAGACCCUGAACUGCCUGUACAGAACAAAAAAAUUAAAGGAAUGCAAACGGGGAGUGAGGAAAGUGGGGAAGACGAUGGUGUCCAAGCCACCGAGGAAGAACAGCAGCAGAUCAACGCGGCGAUUGCGGCUGCAGAAGCAUUGGGCGUUGGAAAGCGCGAUAUGAAAUACAUGUGUCAAACAUGUUCACGGGUCUUCACUCGGUUGUACAACUUGAAGUCUCAUAUCCGUUCUCAUCAAGGACUGAGACCAUUCAAAUGCAAAUUCUGCUCGGCCUCGUUCACGCGAAACCACGACCUGAACAGACAUGAGCGGACCCAUGCAGAUGUGAAGCCUUUUACAUGUCCUGUGUGCCUGAAGAAAUUUUCGCGCAAGGAUGCCUUGAAACGACAUCAACGGCAAGAUGCAGAAGGCAAACGAGGAAUAUGCGUACCUGUGGCCAAAACAGCAAAUGCAGUCGCAUAAUCUAUAUUUAUUUCCGCCUACUCAUUUAAGUUCUGCUUAUGCAUAUACCCCUAUCGUGCUCACUCCAACUUGUACAAAGCAUUCUGAUUGGUGGAGUACCUGGUUUCUUUUGUAUUAUAAUUGAUUGAUACUUUUUGGAUUCAGCCAAUCUUUUGUUUCCAUUGCUAAAUUGCCUGUUGCAUUCGUAUACCCUUGACUUCGAUUUUCCCCUUUCUUUCGCCCCCAAACUCCGGAAAUAAUG